AUGCCCCGACCAACGCGGUCUCGAGCCGCCGCGUCGCGGAAGGCAGACUCCUCGUCCGAUGCCGCGCCCGCACCACCCGCUGCGAGAGACAAGGCGCCGAUCCAAUCCGACUCGACAGAUAACAUCUACGGUGUCAGCGAUCGCGAAGUCGAGCGCCAAGCGCAGAAGAAGGCCGCGACGCCUGCGUCAGAGCAAUCUGCCACGGCGUCGACGCGGAGCACGCGCAGCCGAGCGAGUGUGGCCAGCAGCGCGAUAAAUCAAGCCGCCCUGCAGGGCUCGAGGGGCCGGCGCGACGCCGCACUGGGCAGGCUCGAGGACCUGACGUCCACGACCAACGAGCCGCGCGACAGCUCCGACAUGGUCGUCAGCCCCGUGGUCGAGGCCGGCCGCAACGCGGCGCCGAUGGAGGGUUCGUCGCUCCUGGGCCCGCGGCACCGCGACCUGUCCGGGCUGGAGAUCAACGACAGCGAGAUCUUUGGCCACCUCGACAGCAGCUUCGACAUCACGGGGGACGGCGGCAAGGCCGACGAGAGCAGCGGCACGACGGGGCAGCAGUCGGGCACGCGCUCGGCUGACACGUCGACGUUCAACGUCGACGUGUUCAAGCGCCAGCCGCGCCGCCGCCGCCAGUCUAGCAUUGUCGGGAGGGACGACGCGCCCAUCCGCCCCAGCAGCCGGGGGCCGACGACGCCGGGCCUGAGUUCGACCUUCAACCUGGGCAACUUCAAGAGGCGCGCGCGGCAGCCAAGUAUCUUGCUGUCGUCUGCGCAGAAGGCCUCGAUGUCUGUGCAGCGGUCCAGGGCUGCGUCCGAGGCUAGCGAGAACGCGGUCGACUCUCAGGGUGAGGAGGACUCUUUCCUGCCCGAGGCAGAAGGGACACCCGUGCGGCCGUCGCGGGGCAGGACUAGUGCUGCGAAGGACGUGGUUGAGUCGGUGGAGGGUGGAACGCGCUCGCGGAAGAGGAAGUCGACGGAAAGCCACGAGGAUGAGGUCGCCAAGCGACGUGCGGUCGAAUCAGACGAGGAGCCGUUGCACCAAUCCAUCGAGAUGGACGACCGGUCCUCGCCACCCAGCAUCCUCUCGCACACCCCGGAGCUAGAUGACGACAGUGUCCUCGCCCCACCAGCCAGUAGGAGCUCGUCCGAGGCUGGCAGUCCGAUGGUAUGGCCCGCGCUGAACACGCUGGGGAAGAGACACCGUGGUCGUGCGGCACACCGUGGCACGAAGACGCCAGCUCUGGACGACGACAUGUCGGACAUGUCAGAACCGCCUUCCCUGACACACUCGCCGAAUCUCAAGGCAACAACCUCGGUGCCCAAGGGCAAAGGCAAGACUGCCGCACGCAAGGAGUCACCAAAGCUGUCCACCGCUGAUCUCGCCGCGCUUCUCCCACGCCGGCGGCGCAAGGCUCGCCGGGACGGCGAAGGGUCAGACAACGAGGAGACUGGGUCGGACCGAGAUGUGUAUGAUGUCGUGAACCAGCCCCGGGCCUCGAGAAAGAGGACAGCCCGGCCAAUGACUGGCCCGUCAUCCAAAGCGAACCAGACGAACCAAGCAAAAACCACGGCCGCACCGGCAAAACGUUCAACGAGACGGACGUACGGAUCACGGAGGUUUGACAAAGAGAACACUGUCGAUGGAGACGCCAUCGAGGCCGACGAGGACGCAUCCACGCCCCUCGAUGACACCAUCUUCGACGCGGACAGGACGGAGUCAGCACCCGGGAAGCUGGGCGAGGAGCUGCGGGCCGCGUCCAAGAAGUUCAAGGAGGUGGACAAGUGGGAGCUGGACUACGAGGAGGUUGUCGAGUCCUCGUCGCCGCUGCCGGAGGGGCGCUAG